AUGGUACCCUCGCCCUCGCUUUCCCCCGCCGCCCACUCCGUCUCCCGUCGCUCUAGCUUUCCCCCGCCGCCCACUCCUUCUCCCGUCGCUCGCGGUUUCCCCCGCCGCCCUUUCCUUCUCCUAUCACUCUCGCUUUCCCCCGCCGCCCACUCCUCCCGACGCUCUAGCUUUCCCCCGCCGCCCACUCCUUCUCCCGUCGCUCUAGCUUUCCCCCGCCGCCCUUUCCUUCUCCCGUCGCUCUCGCUUUCCCCUGCUGCCCACUCCUUCUCCCGUCGCUCUAGAUUUCCCCCGCCGCCCUUUCCUUCUCCCGUCGCUCUCGCUUUCCCCCGCCGCCCACUCCAUUUCCCCCGCCGCCCUUUCCUUCUCCCGUCGCUCUCGCUUUCCCCCGCCGCCCACUCCGUCUCCCGUCGCUCUAGCUUUCCCCCGCCGCCCACUCCUCCCGUCGCUCUAGCUUUCCCCCGCCGCCCACUCCUUCUCCCGUCGCUCGCGGUUUCCCCCGCCGCCCUUUUUUUCUCCUGUCGCUCUCGCUUUCCCCCGCCGCCCACUCCUCCCGUCGCUCUAGAUUUCCCCCGCCGCCCACUCCUUCUCCCGUCGCUCUCUCUUUCCCCCGCCGCCCACUCCUUCUCCCGUCGCUCUCGCUUUCCCCCGCCGCCCACUCCUUCUCCCGUCGCUCUAGCUUUCCCCCGCCGCCCACUCCUUCUCCCGUCGCUCUCGCUUUCCCCCGCCGCCUACUCCUUCUCCCGUCGCUCUAGCUUUCCCCCGCCGCCCACUCCUCCCGUCGCUCUCUCUUUCCCCCGCCGCCCACUCCUUCUCCCGUCGCUCUCGCUUUCCCCCGCCGCCCACUCCUUCUCCCAUCGCUCUCGCUUUCCCCCGCCGCCCACUCCUUCUCCCAUCGCUCUCGCUUUCCCCCGCCGCCCACUCCUCCCGUCGCUCUCACUUUCCCCCGCCGCCCACUCCUUCUCCCGUCGCUCUCGCUUUCCCCCGCCGCCCACUCCUCCCCCCGUCGCCCUGGAUUCCCCCCCGUCGCCCACUCCGUCUCCCGUCGCUCUAGCUUUCCCCCGCCGCCCACUCCUUCUCCCGUCGCUCGCGGUUUCCCCCGCCGCCCUUUCCUUCUCCUGUCACUCUCGCUUUCCCCCGCCGCCCACUCCUCCCGUCGCUCUCGCUUUCCCCCGCCGCCCACUCCUUCUCCCGUCGCUCUCGCUUUCCCCCGCCGCCCACUCCUCCCGUCGCUCUAGCUUUCCCCCACCGCCCACUCCUUCUCCCGUCGCUCUCUCUUGCCCCGGACACCCACUCCCCUUAGCCCGUCGCCCUGGAUUUCCCCCCGUCGCCCACUCCCCCGUCGCCCUGGAUUUCCCCCCGUCGCCCACUCCGUCUCCCGUCGCUCUAGCUUUCCCCCGCCGCCCACUCCUUCUCCCGUCGCUCGCGGUUUCCCCCGCCGCCAUUUCCUUCUCCCGUCGCUCUCGCUUUCCCCUGCUGCCCACUCCUUCUCCCGUCGCUCUAGAUUUCCCCCGCCGCCCUUUCCUUCUCCCGUCGCUCUCGCUUUCCCCCGCCGCCCACUCCGUCUCCCGUCGCUCUAGCUUUCCCCCGCCGCCCACUCCUCCCGUCGCUCUAUCUUUCCCCCGCCGCCCACUCCUUCUCCCGUCGCUCGCGGUUUCCCCCGCCGCCCUUUCCUUCUCCUGUCACUCUCGCUUUCCCCCGCCGCCCACUCCUCCCGUCGCUCUAGCUUUCCCCCGCCGCCCACUCCUUCUCCCGUCGCUCUCGCUUUCCCCCGCCGCCCACUCCUUCUCCCGUCGCUCUAGAUUUCCCCCGCCGCCCUUUCCUUCUCCCGUCGCUCUCGCUUUCCCCCGCCGCCCACUCCCUUUCCCCCGCCGCCCACUCCUCCCGUCGCUCUCUCUUUCCCCCGCCGCCCACUCCUUCUCCCGUCGCUCUCGCUUUCCCCCGCCGCCCACUCCUUCUCCCAUCGCUCUCGCUUUCCCCCGCCGCCCACUCCUUCUCCCGUCGCUCUCGCUUUCCCCCGCCGCCCACUCCUCCCGUCGCUCUAGCUUUCCCCCGCCGCCCAUUCCUUCUCCCGUCGCUCUCGCUUUCCCCCGCUGCCCACUCCUUCUCCCGUCGCUCUCGCUUUCCCCCGCCGCCCACUCCUCCCAUCGCUCUAGCUUUCCCCCACCGCCCACUCCUUCUCCCGUCGCUCUCUCUUGCCCCGGACACCCACUCCCCUUAGCCCGUCACCCUCCCUUUCCCCCGUUGUCAUUGCUUCCCCCAUCGCCCUCGUUUUCCCCCGCCGCCCUCUCCUUCCCCCUUUGCCCACGUUUUCAUCCGUCACCCACCCUUUCCCCCGUCACCCUCUCAUACACCCGUCGGUUUCUCCGUCACCCACCCUUUGCCCACGGUUACCCCUGUCUCCCACCCCUUCCCCCGUCACCCUCUCUUACACGUGCCGCCCUCGUUUCCCUCUGCCGCCCUCGUAACCCCUUUGCCUUCCCUCUGCCUGCUACCCUUGGCUGUGUGCACUCACCUGCCUGA